AUGCCUUUUAUUAUAUUGGAAAAAGAUGCAUUUGGAUUUAGAAUCAUUUCUGGACUGCGAAAACGCAGAUUCCGUAACACAAAGGAUGACUUUGAUAAUCCACUUUCUAUACUCUCAUCCUUACAAUUACCGCAAAAUUCAGAUCCAAGAGCUUUAAACGCACAAUUGAACGGGUGUAACAAUAAACAAGAAAUUGUUGAACCUGUUGCAGCAAAAGGAACUUGUGUUUAUCUUGUAGGAGUAUUUAAAUCUGAACCAGAUCCAUCAAAAAAUACUGACUCAGAUCUUAUAUUUGGAGCAAAUAAUAGUGGAUUAAAAGCAUUAGAUAGUACAGAAUCAAGAAUGCAUAGGCAAUUUACAUCGUCAUCAAAUGGGGAAGAGGAGUUCAGUUUAGAGGAGUUACAGGAGUUUGCUCAGGCUUUUAAAAUGUUUGAUAAAGAUGGUAAUGGUACGAUGAACAUCAAGGAAUUAGGAAUUGCAAUGAGAACACUUGGUCUCAAUCCAACUGAAGAAGAAUUAUUAAACAUGGUUAAUGAGUAUGACGUUGACGGAAAUGGUAAGAUUGACUUUGGAGAAUUUUGUAAAAUGAUGAAAGAGAUGAAUAAGGAAACAGAUCAAGAAUUAAUACGUUUAGCUUUUAAAGUUUUUGAUAAAGAUGGAAAUGGUUAUAUAACAGCUCAAGAGUUUAAACAUUUUAUGACAACGAUGGGUGAAAAAUUUACAGAGGAGGAGGUUGAUGAAAUCAUAAGAGAAGUUGAUAAAGAUGGUGAUGAACAAAUUGAUUAUGAGGAAUUCGUCCAAAUGAUUGCUCCAAUUGUUCAGGAAGGCAACAAUAAGGAUGAUCCAUUUGCCGAUCCGGAAGCUAAGACAUUCAAAGAUGGAAAGCACAAAUAA